GGCACUUUAAUUAGUGCGAGUAUUCCAGUCGAGAAGCAAACACCGUAUAGAGGAAUGGUAAAAGGAGAAUGUACCCAAAACGUGCUUGCGAUAUGUGAUUGGGAUAUGUACUUUUUUGUAUGUAAUGGUUGGAUGGGAAGGCACUGCUCAUGACUCGAGAGUGUUGAUCGAGGCAGUGCGUGAUCCAUCUUUCAAGUUUCCUUUACCUCCACCAGACAAAUACUAUCUAUGUGAUGUUGCAUACUCUCAUACACAGGGUUUUAUACAUCCAUAUCGCAACAUAAGGUAUUGGAUAGGUGAUUACCGAAGAGUACCUCCUACAGCAAAAGAGGAGAAGUUUAAUCAAGCCCAUGCUCGAUUGAGGAAUGUGAUUGAGACAACAUUCGGGGUAUUGAAAGUGGAAGUCGAAGUGGAAGCGGAAACAGAAGAAAAUGCACCUCGUCUGUUUGGACGACAAGAGCAGAUAUAUAUGAACAACUUACGUGAUGAGAUAGCUAGUCUCUUUUAG